AUGCCGUCCUCCUUGGUCAUUGCAGUCGUUGCCCUCGUGGUCUACUGUGUUGUCAAUACCUAUGUUUCCUUCCGGCAAAACCUGGAUCGCGCCAAACGCUCUGGUAUCCCCUAUGUCACGGUCCCAGUCUACUACCUCAAUCGACUGUGGCUCCUCACGCAUACGCUCUGGCUACCUCUGCUAGCAAAGUUGCCAUGCAGUUGGACCCGCUGGGUGGACUUCUGCAUCCCAGACUUCACUCAUCGAUGCAGUAUUGAGGUUUUUCGGCGCGUCGGAGCCGACACCUUCCUCGUCGUUUCGCCGGGGGGGAUCAUGAUGCACACGGCUGACCCGGCCGUCAUUUCUCAGAUCACGACCCGCAGGAACGACUUCCCCAAGCCGACGGACAUUUAUCGCUCGCUCGAUAUCUAUGGGAAAAAUGUGGUUUCGACCGAAGGAGCCAUGUGGCGCCAACAUCGUAAAGCCACCAGUCCCCCCUUUACGGAGAAGAACAAUCACCUUGUUUGGGCUGAGAGUAUUGACCAGGCUUCUGCCAUGCUUGCUUCGUGGCUUGGUCCCGCUGGGAAGGGCGACAAGACCGUCGACCGAGUCAUGGAUGACACGAUGCGGCUCAGCUUGUAUGUCAUUAGCCGAGCAGGUUUCGGAAGGAAGCUCGAGUGGCCGUCGACCGAUGCAAAGGCUGACGUCGAUUCCGACUACAUUGAUCAUUCCAAGAUCAAGAAUCAGGGGAUCGAUCGAGACGCUGGGCACUCGAUGAGCUAUACAUAUGCGAUCCACUGCUUGCUAGAUAACAUCCUUCUUCAAUUCCUCCUACCUCGGUGGCUUAUGGACAAUCUCCCUUCGAAGACGGUGCGGAAGGCGAACGAGGCCUAUUUGGAGUGGGGAAACUAUAUGAAAGAAGCUGUUGCGUCCAAAAAGGAGAGUCUAGAGGCCGGGGCCGAAGACCAAGAUCAACUUGAUCUGUUGGGUCAGUUGGUCAAAGGUCAAGUAGCCUCCAAGAAGAGUAAGGACGUCACUCUUACCGACCCCGAGAUCCUCGGAAAUAUGUUUGUCCUCAUCCUUGCUGGCCACGAGACGGCCGCCAACUCUAUACAUUUCUCUAUGGUUUAUCUCGCACUCUACCCCCAGAGCCAGAGAGCCCUGCAGAAAGACCUCGACCGCAUCUUCCAGGGAAGGCCUCCAUCGGACUGGGACUAUGACCGUGACCUACCCGCUCUCUUCGGUGGUAUGGUCGGUGCUGUUUUAGCAGAAGAGCUGCGGCUCGUCCCGCCAGUAAUCGGAAUACCCAAGUCGACUUGGGGAGUACCUGAUCAACAAAUCAUGAUCGAGGGAAAGUCGUGUACCGUACCUAGUGGCACCUAUAUCAGCCUGUGUUCGUCUGAUGUCCAGCGGAAUCCCAGAUACUGGCCAACUGGCAAACCGACAUUGCCCGGCGGUAAGCCCGUUCACCCUGUCUCGAACGUGGACAAUGAUCUCGAAGAGUUCCGACCCGAACGUUGGUUGCUAGACGACGAGGGCGAGGUACAAAUCUCAGCAGCGGGUAUGAAUAAAGAGAUGCCGACCGAAACAGUGACAAGUGAUGGCCUUGCCAUCAACGAGGCUGCCGAUACCUCGGACCGAAUGUACCGCCCUCCGAAAGGUGCGUAUGUGCCUUUCAGCGAUGGAUACCGAGCUUGCCUGGGGCGACGAUUCGCUCAGGUUGAAGUCCUGGCGACACUGGCCGUCAUCCUCCAAAAUUAUUCAGUCGAACUCGCCGUCGACCAGUGGGCGACCGAUGAGCAAGUCAUCGCAAUGGACGAGGACGGCCGCGUGGAAGUGUGGCAGAAAGCCGCCGAGCAUGCCAGGGACUUGAUGCUCAACGGCCUCAGCGUGAUCAUUUCGCUGCAGAUGAGAAGGGGCCAUGUCAGCAUGCGAUUCGUGCCCAGAGGUCAAGAGAAGUUCCCGGACGAUGGGGAUGAGAAAUGGAAAAAGAAGCAUCCAGAUCUGUGUAGGGGAAUGGAGCCGACUCCUAACUGGAGGUUUUGGGGUUGA